AUGUCGGUUGCCAUGCAGGCCUAUGCCAAACAGCAAUACGGCGAACAAACAUAUACUUCCCUCCAGUCGAUCUUGGACGACCCCACCAAUCUCCUCAUAUCCACGGGCAGCUCGUUUCACCGGCCCGUCGGGGCAGAUCUUGAUAUCCUUUCGGCCUCACAAUAUCCACAGGGCCUGAUGCAGCCUUACAGCGGAGUCGACCGAAUCUCUCGCAAGAGGAAGGCAACGUCUUCCGACCAGCUCUACGGUGGUAUCGUUGUUACCGAUGCGGCCACUAACAGCACUCGUCUAUCCUCUCAUGAACCCUCGCCGCAACCAGCUGAAAAGAAAAAGAAGCCGACCAAACGAGUCUCGGUCAACGAUGCCGAUGACCUGGCCGACAGUAAGAAACAGAGAGGACGGCCGCGGCUGGAUCCUCGUGAUCAGACCGCGGCCGACCGUCGCCGGACUCAAAUCCGACUGGCGCAACGAGCCUACCGACAUCGAAAGGAGACCACGAUUGCGGGAUUGAAACAACAAGUCACCACUCUCCAAACAACCAUUGACCAGAUGAAUAAGACGUUCUUGGCUCUGCACGAUAGUAUGGUCGACGCUGGGAUCUUGACUUCCCACUACUCCCUGGCUCGGCAACUUCGGGUCGCGACAGAACAGUUCGUCGCGUUGUCCAAGGAUGCAGUGCCUGAAUCGGACGAGGAAGAGGACAAACCAGCCGACUUCACCCAAGGCGAGUCCAAGCAAUCUCCGAGGUUGGGCGAGAAUAACAAGCGGACCAGCGUGACAAGCGCAAGGAAGUCGUCAGCUUCAUCGUCCCAGUCUUGUUCCCCAGCCAGGGCCGAAGUGGAAUCUGUGAGCAGCUUGGAUGAGCUCUCUUUCAAUGCCAGCGCAGCUGUGGAAGAUCUCCCACUGGCUGGGAACAACGAUACGACUACUGAUCAGGCCGAGGGUAGCGGCAGCACCGACAACAGCAAGGCCCUGCUUGACCUUUCGCAAUCCUGGUACACGGACAUCAAGUUCGACCAACAAGGCCUUGACGACGGGAACGGAUUCGGCGCGAUGCCCGCGCCUUUCCUCGUCGACAAUGUCUUCGACAAGAUCGAGGUGGAGAGACCACUAGUACCGUCCUACCACCAGGGCUCAUACACGUACAGCUUCCAAGAGACCACGUUCGCCCGACGUCUCCACCGCAUGUCCCUGGAGCGCGGGUUCCGCAAUCUGGCCCAACCCCACAUCGACCCGGAAUACCUCAAGCACGCCUUCCGCUUCGCGUUCUGCUACUCCAACCGCAAGCGCAUGCUCGAGCGGUUCCAGGAGAGGUUGAAGCGCCGCGCGGGCGAGUCGCUGGAGAACUUCAACGUGCCUUUCUUCCACAUCGGCGGCGCCGGCACCCACUUCCCGCGCCGCGACAACAACGGCAACCCCAUCUACCCGCCUAACCUGGUGCAUCCUGCACAGGCGUUCGGCCCACAGCCGUACAUGCAGCCGGAGACGCCGCGCACGGAAAAGUCGACGCAAGAAGUGCUCGAUAACAUCGGCUUCGGCGGCCAGUGGUACGACUCGCACGAUGUCGAAGAGUAUCUCAAGACCAAGGGCAUCUAUUUGGACGGCCAGAGUUCGUUUGUCCCGGUCGAUCCGGCAGUCCUUCGACUUGUCCAGCGCGAGACAGCAGUGAGAGACUCUAUAACCAGCGCCAGUGCCAGUGCCAGCGCCAGCGCGUUCUCCUUGUCCAGCCAUAGUUCCAGCCCGCACGACGCGAGCAUUCGCGCCCCAUCGCCGCCCAUGGCUGGCGGCUUGGGAGGCUCCCUAAUGGAUCCGGUCAUUGCCGGAGAUUUCGGCAACAUGUACAGCCAGCCAGGUCCAGGUUCCCUAUUUCCCAACCCUUUCACCACGGAGCCUCACAGUGGCACACCAUCCCAUCAUGGCGGAACGAUCGGUAACGCCAACGAUGUUCAAGUUGUCAACAUCGGCAAUUCAUCCUCGUCGAACUCCGCCUCGCCAUCGUCCAACCCGUGGGACGAGUUCAGCGCGCAAACCUCGUCAAGUCUGUUCCAGGACAUGCAGCACCAGCACCAGCAGAAUCUACUCGGCCCCUCUCAGUAUCCUGCCCCGGUGAUUUUCGAUGUGGAACUAUUCCUCGAACGCAUGAUCCAGGGAGGUGCUUGUCUCGGCCGCGCCCCAGGAUACAGGAAAGAAGCUGUCGAUGCUGCUCUGGUGUUGAGUCUACAGGGGAGCUUUUAG